AUGGCAUCUUUGCAAAGGAAAGGGCCGCAGGCGAGGAGUCUCAGCCCUGAAGAAGAGGAGAAACUGACACGAGAACAAGCUUUGGUGUCCGAUUUCAAGCAGCAGAAGCUGGAGAAAGAAGCUCAGAGGAACUGGGACCUUUUCUACAAAAGAAAUAGUACGAAUUUCUUCAAAGACAGGCACUGGACCACCAGAGAGUUUGAAGAGCUGCGGUCGUGUAGAGAGUUUGAAAAUCAGAACUUGACCAUGCUUGAAGCUGGCUGUGGAGUUGGGAACUGUUUGUUCCCGCUGUUAGAAGAAGAUCGGAACAUUUUUGCCUAUGCCUGCGAUUUCUCUCCGAGAGCGGUUGAGUAUGUGAAGCAAAACUCCUCCUAUGACGCAGAAAGAUGCCACGUGUUCCAGUGUGACCUGACCCGAGAUGACCUCCUGCAGCACGUGCCCCCCGAGUCUGUGGACGUCGUCACCCUCAUAUUCGUGCUCUCGGCCAUCCAUCCCGACAAGAUGCACCUUGUCCUGGAAAACGUUUACAAGGUGUUGAAACCAGGCAAGUGCGUCCUGUUCCGUGACUAUGGGCUGUACGAUCAUGCCAUGCUGAGGUUUAAAAACGGCAGCAAGCUCGGAGAAAACUUUUACGUGCGGCAAGACGGCACCAGGUCGUACUUUUUCACCAAUGAGUUCCUGGCCCGCCUCUUCAGGGAUUCAGGCUACGAGGAGGUGCUGAACGAGUACGUGCUCCGGGAGACGGUGAACAGAAAAGAAGGCCUGUCUGUGCCCAGGGUGUUUCUUCAGAGCAAGUUCCGAAAGCUUCCAAAGCCGCCUCCCCUUGAGGCCCGAGCCCCAAGCCCUGACCUCUCCCCAGGGCGUGUGUGCGCCUCCCCUUGA